AUCAAAGAAGAAGAAGACGAAGUUGCGUUCUGUAAGGGUCAUGUUUGCUUUGCAAAUAUUUCCCGUUUUGAUUUACUUCACAUUCCGAGACAUUAAACUCUGUGUCAGCCGUGUGUGUGCACGUUACUCAGCGUGUGUAAACACAACAGUGCGAGUCUGGAGGUGCAAAGUCAGCUGGAUCACUGAAAUCAGGGGAGACAGAAACACCACAAUGGUCAGAGCUCAUGUGUGUACUACAAUACGGCAGCUCAUAGAAACCAAGAUGAUACCAUGCAUCAGUGUACACCGGAGCCUGGCAUGUUUGCAUCGUGCUGUGGGUGGAGUUCGGUGGAAGAGCAGCUUUAGACCAGCCCCUCUAUUGACAGCUGCUCCUGCUCGUGCCCUCGUAGAUGAACCGAUCAGCAUUAAAGGACGUUUCCUGCCCCCACACAGUCCUGUCACAGUGUGUGCACAAAUGCACAGUGAUGAUGGUGAGCUGUGGGAGGCAUUCGCCCAUUGUAACACAAAUUCAGAUGGCACUGUCAACUUGACCAGGGAUCCUUCAAUCGGGGGUUCAUAUUUGGGCUGUGAGCCGAUGGGACUGUUCUGGGGACUGCAGCCGGCUCCUGGUUCAAGAGAAGGUUUAAGGCUGAGAAAGAAAAAUGUAGAGACUCCAUACGUAGUGCUCAUGUCCUUAAUGAAGGGCCACGUUUCACCCAGUGAGAGACAGAGCACCGAGCUGGCUGCUGUAACUACUGAGCGCUGGUACAUGGCACCUGGUGUACAGAGAAAAGAGAUUCGCCAGGAUGGAGUUGUCGGGACGUUGUUUUUACCUCCUGGCCCUGGCCCAUUUCCAGCCAUGCUGGACUUGUGGGGAAUGGGAGGAGGACUGGAGGAGUACCGCUCCGCACUUUUUGCAUCCAGGGGCUAUGCCAGCUUGUCCCUUGCCUACUUCAAUCACAAAGAUUUGCCUGGCCCGCGAAGCCAAAUUAAUGUUGGUGAUCCAUAUUUCAAAUCAGCAUAUCACCUACUUCAAGAUCAUCGUCAGGUCUGUGCCGACAGAAUUGGGAUCAUCGGUCUCUCCUAUGGAGUCUACUUGACUCUUCGAAUGGCCACUCAGAUUGGUGUCAAACCAUCCUGUUUGAUUUGUAUCAGCGGCCCAGUAGGAAGCACCGUCAAGCUCUCAGAUCCAGAUGGCAGGACUGUAGACGUUGAUAGUAACGAGAAAUAUAGGACGUAUAAUGAUGAAGGCUAUGUGAGUUUCAAAGACAUCACCUUGCCUGCAAACCUUAAUCCUAAGGGCAAAGUGAAGUUAGAGCACCUCACCUGUCCAUUGUUGUACAUAGUGGGUGAAGAUGACCAGAACUCUUCAAUCAUAGAGAACGCAGAUGUGAUCGAGGAGACCCUGAAGGCUGCAGGAAAAUCCCAUCUGUUCACCCGUGUGUCGUACCCCGGUGCUGGUCACCUGAUUGAGCCACCUUACACACCACACACAAGAGCUUCCCUGUGGAGUGUCAAACCCAAAAAAAUGUUCACUCUGUGGGGAGGUCACCCUGCACCCCACGCUGCUGCCCAGGAAGAUGCCUGGAAAAAGGUCCUGGAUUUUAUGGAAACUAAUCUGAGACGAUGAAUCUUGACAUUAAAAAUAUCUCAUCACAGAUGUGAUGGAAAAUGCUUCAUGUCUCUGAGUUUUACAUUCAGAGAAGUGAGGGGGGGGAAGACUUUUAAGAUAAAAAGGACCUCCCAGAACUAAUUAAUAUAAACUGAAUCUGAAUGGUGCCUUGCUAUGAACCUUGACUCUGUCGCUCCUCUUACAACCAGAGAAUGCACUUGGAUGAAAUCAGCGCCAUGGUUGUCAGAGGGCACUCAAAUGGGUUUGAGAAAGGCUUGAAUGUUGGUGGUGUAUGAAAAGGAGACUGUUCGCCUUGCCUGGGUCAAGUGUUUUAAGUAGUAUAAAUGUGUAUUCUCAGCUGCUAUGACAACAUGUUUUUCUUACCUGAUUAACAUCAAUAAAAAUAAUCCAGUUUCUG